CCCCGACAGUUGGGCUCACUAAGGCACUCAGUGAUAUGACUGGAGUUUUUCUGAUCUAACAUAACAUGUAAGACAAACAAAAUGUCAUAUAACUAGUACCUGAUCAUCAUGAACAAAACCCCGGUUCAUGACGUCAUCACGUGUCCUGCCCCCGCCCUGCUUUUGUCUAUCUACACCCUCAUCCAUUCUCUAUAAAGUCUGUCAUUGAUCAUUAUCCUUCUCUAUACUCCAAUACUAGUAGUGAUCCUUUGUCUAUAAUUACCCUUAUCUCAAUUUUACCAUGCCUGACUUUUAUCCCGCUCUCCGCAAUCGCCGCAACAACGAGCUCGCCCGUCUGGCGGAGGAGCAUCUGCAGCAUGACCUGCGCUCUGAAGACCGCGAUGCUCUCACCACAGCCACACAAAAGGUCGCCCGGUGGACGACAAUUGGCUCAGCCGUUGGUCUCGGACUCGGUCUUUAUGCUGCUUUCCGUCUGAGAAGUUCACGCAAGGCCUUCUUCGAGGUUUUUCGCGCCCGCGAAAAGCCCACUCACGUCGUUUUUGCCGGCGGACGUUCUGAGCCUAUCCCAGAUAUCACCCCCCUGCUGAAACCCACCACCCUGGGUGAUUUCACCACCUAUUUCUUUGCUAGCGCGGGAGGGUUCUUCUUAGGCGGCGAACUUGGUUUCUUGGGAGGAGCAUGGAGUGGAAGUCGUUGCAUCACGGCGGAUCCCGAUCGAAGGCAGAGAAUCGAGACGGCCUUCCGAAAAUUCCGGGCGGAGGUACUGCGCAAGGAGGCGGACGAACUUGAUCGAGGGCUAGAUGUAUCUGAUCAGAUGUUUUGAUCGGUUGAAAUCGUGAGGGUGGAGUAAUAAAAAGGCCAUGUUCUCUUGUCGACGAAUUUUGGAGAAGGCGACCCUACGACGGCUUGCCACUCCUAUCAUGAUCGGCUAU